AUGUUUGUAAAAUAUUCAAAGAAUAAAAGUUCAUCCAAGAAACAAUACUCAACAAUUAUAGAAGAGCUAUGCCAUCAAUUUUCUCUGGAAGAUCUUAAGAAAUCAACCAACAACUUUGAUGAAGAUCGAAUAAUUAGAAAAUCACCAUUCAGUAUUGGGUACAAAGGUUAUCUCAAACAUAAUGGCGAAAUUGAUUAUCCGAUAGCAUUGAAGCGGAUGAGAAAUAUAUCAGACGAAUGGAAGUUCAAGAAGGAAAUUGAACUCCACUGCCAGCUUCAUCACCCAAAUUUGACAUCAUUAAUAGGAUUUUGUGACCAAAAAGAUGAGAAAAUUCUCGUGUAUGACAUGUUCAAUGGAACUCUCUAUGAUCAUUUACGUUCUACUGAUAUGGAAUCACUGUCAUGGAAGAAAAGGCUUGAAAUAUGCAUUGGAGCUGCAAGAGGUCUACACUAUCUACACACCGGAGCAAAGCGUACAAUUUUUCAUUGUGACAUAAAGCCUCAAACUAUUCUAUUAGAUAACAAUAUGGUACCAAAACUCUCGCAUCUUGGAUUUUCCUUGCAAGGGAAGCUUUCUAAAUCGAAUCCGAAAUCAAUUAAAGUUGACACCCUUAUUGGUACAUUGUUUUACAUGGCACCGGAAUACGUCCAAACCAGUACUUUCACGGAUAAAUGUGACGUUUAUUCCUUCGGUAUGGUUCUACUUGAAGUAGCAUGCACAAACUACAACCUUACCAUAUUUGAUAAGAUGAGAAUGUUUGAGAACCCGAAUUUGUUUAUAGAACAGUCAAUUGAAGCAGCUAACUUUUUGGAGAAGUUCUCAGCUAAUGAGAUUAUUGAUCCAAUUCUCAUGAGAUUGAUUGCACCAAAAUGUUUGGUGGUGUUCAUGGAUAUCAUGAAAAGAUGUUUGAAUAUAGAACCAAAUGAAAGACCAAUAAUAGGUGAGGUUGAGGUUGAACUUGAGCAUGCUCUGGCACUCCAGAAGGAAGCAGAUGAUGGGAAAAGUAAUGGUGAUGAUUAUAACUUUUCCCUUACCACCAUUCCUACCUAA